GUCAAAGUUCGCCUGCUAGCCUGUCAAAACAACCAGCUAGCAUAUUAGCUGACCUCACCCGAAAAGACACAUUUGUCUUUUAAAAUGGAAGUAAAUCAAGCGAAACAGGAGCAUCUACUCGCAUUAAAAGUGAUGCGGUUAACAAAACCAACACUCUUCACAAACCUGCCAGUGACAUGUGAAGACAGAGAUCUGCCAGGGGAUCUGUUUGGUCAGCUGAUGAGAGAGGAUCCAUCCACUAUCAAAGGAGCAGAGACUUUAAUGCUGGGAGAGAUGCUCACGUUACCUCAGAACUUUGGGAACAUUUUCCUUGGUGAGACCUUCUCCAGUUACAUCAGUGUGCACAACGACAGCAACCAAGUUGUGAAGGACAUUCUUGUUAAGGCGGAUCUACAGACGAGCUCACAGAGACUCAACCUGUCAGCGUCAAACUCUGCAGUAGCAGAACUCAAACCUGAGUGCUGCAUCGAUGACGUUAUUCACCAUGAAGUCAAAGAAAUUGGGACACAUAUCUUAGUUUGUGCAGUCAGUUACACCACUCAGUUCGGGGAAAAGCUCUAUUUUCGGAAGUUCUUCAAAUUCCAGGUGUUGAAGCCGCUGGAUGUGAAGACAAAGUUCUACAAUGCAGAGAGUGACCUCAGUUCUGUGACAGAUGAAGUGUUCUUAGAGGCUCAGAUUCAGAACAUCACCACAUCGCCGAUGUUCAUGGAGAAAGUUUCUCUGGAGCCGUCCAUGAUGUACAACGUAACAGAGCUCAACACGGUCGUAAGUGGUGAUCACGGGGAGUCAACAUUUGGAAAGAUGUCCUACCUACAGCCCAUGGACACACGGCAGUACCUGUACUGCCUAAAACCAAAGCCGGAGUACGCAGAGAAAGCGGGGGUCAUCAAGGGAGUGACGGUGAUAGGAAAGCUGGACAUCGUAUGGAAGACGAACCUCGGAGAGAGAGGGAGACUACAGACCAGUCAGCUACAAAGAAUGGCACCAGGAUACGGAGACAUCCGGCUGUCAUUAGAGAUGAUCCCUGACACUGUAAACCUAGAAGAGCCGUUUGAAAUUAUCUGUAAAAUCACAAACUGCAGUGAAAGAACCAUGGACCUGGUGCUAGAGAUGUGUAACACCAGGUCGAUACACUGGUGUGGAGUUUCAGGUCGACAGCUGGGGAAACUGAGUCCCGGAGCCUUCCUGUCUCUACCCUUAACACUCCUCUCCUCAGUGCAGGGUCUGCAGAGUAUUUCUGGCUUGAGACUCACAGAUACGUUCUUGAAGAGAACGUAUGAGUAUGACGACAUCGCACAGGUGUGUGUGGUCUGUCCGUUCACGAGCAACGAGUGCUAGGAGAUUUACUGACCUUUUUAUUUGACUCAUAAACGGACCAACGGUGGAAUUCUGCACACGGCGCUGACAUUUCACUCCCUUUUUGCAACCUGUGUGGGAAUAAAAUGUAUUUUAAAAUGAAUUGUGAAUAAUAUAAAUCACUUUGUUUGAAAAGAAUUAUGUAAAUGUGCAUAAAUGUUAAUAAACUCUGUUAUCUUUGA